AUGGCUUUGCCUUCUCCUCUUGACGACUGCUAUUAUCUUGGGACGACGCGCCACAGUGACAUUUCGCCACCUCUCUUACCCAGCCAGUGCCCCUUCCAAACUCCGUGGCACAGUCCACACGGUGCCUGUGCAUUUUGCGCCAACCCGUCGCCUGCCUUUGUACGUGACUCUAUUCUUGCGCCACGCCAGAACGACCUCCAGUCGUCUCAAGACACUGGUCACACUGUCCUCCCCAGUAGAUCCUACCCUUCGCCUCCCCUUACCGGUUCUACAUUGCGAUCUACCGUUCCAUUGCCCGAUAUAUUCGGAGAAUCCUCCACAGACUAUUACAUGCUCAGGAAGUUUGCCAAGGCCGGACAUCAGAGUAUGCCGCUGGAAACAGCAGCCAACAUACGUGAACCGCUUUCGCCCCCGCCUACACAUCUGCUUGGUACGCAUGACUUACCGGACGUGGGUUCAUCAAGAGGGAGCCUUUCUUCUAGUUUGAUUCCUGACUCGGAAGUAUGCUUGCAUACCUCUAGUGAGGAUAGCUCACAGCUCACUGCGACGAUUCGCUCUCUGUACAGGACAGAUAGAGCGGAUCUUACCAUCGACUGUGACGUGCCUUCACAGUCGAGCUCGUUUGGCCGCGGACCUUCAACAGGUUGGAGCUGCGAGGGCAAUCCUUCCGGUUUAGACACAGUACCAGAGGACUCAGUGCUUGAUUCCCAUUCCACCCCUUCGCGUGCCGACUCCGGUUUCGAAGAGUUCUUUCCGCAACGGGAUUACAAGGGCGAGAGGUUACCGGAUCUAGAAGAAGAACCAGAUGCCCCGUUCUCCAAGAUAGAACCCAGUUCGUAUUGGACGCCACAGUCACCCGUCAGUAUUCAUUCGCUCCUCGACGAUCGUUCUGCAAGCAAUCCUGCUGUAGGAAGGGGAGACUAUCGUCAAGAUUCUCUGCUUCCCGUAUCGCCGAUGCAAUGCGAGCAAAAUGAUCGUACGCCUAGCUGGAGUAGCGUCUGCUGCUCGUCAUGGAGUGAUCGCGACAGUGAUUUUUCUCCGCCAAUUUCUCCUCGGCCAUCAAUAUCGCUAAAUCUACCAGACUUGGAUGAUUUUCCUUCACAUGAACAUCCUGAAUGCGCCUCUUGCGGCGCGGACGAUGAACAUAUCAUGGUUCUUGGUUCGUCGAUUUCUCCAUCGCGGCCGCGUUCUUGGUUUGGCUUGCAAGACCGGCAAGUUGAAGACGCGCGUUACCCCGAUACCCACCGUAUAGACACUAUGACCGUUGACAGCGAACCGCCGCCCUCCUCACCACGUCCACCACCGAUACAUUUGUCGUUAUCUGACCCGGAUUCCGAUAUCUCUUUCUCUGAUACGAUAAUUCCUGGUGACGACGACCUGUGGGGUUCGCCGUUGGCAUCGCCCUCUUCAUGGCAGACUUCAUCCAUGCCCUUUCAGAGUACGCUUCAGGACAACAUGUGUGUCACGCCGUUGCCACGUUCGCCACACCAUACGCUCGCCUCGCUCUCAGAUUUUGAUAUGUCUGAAUCGCUCGAAGAACCGGAUUCGCCUUCGUCGCCUAAUAUUGAUUUACCUCUUUUGCCAGGAGAGUAUAAUCAGCCUCCUGCAGAUGAACACACAGCAGCGCUGUCGGUCCCCGGACCAUCGGGCGAUCACGAAGGACUGGGUCUCUUCCUGCAGCCAGUCUCAGUGGACCCUCCACUGGCACGUUCGCCUUCCCCAGAUGACGACGACCUGCAGUUCCUCGAUGUCCAGCUCGAUCCGACCUCGUCCAAACUUGAAGUCGACGAAUUCCUUCAGCUCCGCGCCGUCCGCCGCCGGGCUUUAAGCGCAGAACGUGCCGCCCGCCUAGCCGAGACCGAGUUCGGAGAGCUCGUGAGCAAUGCUGCACAUGCGCUUCUUCCGCCUGCGACUGCGUCGCAGCCCUCGGAGGCGCUCGAUCCGGAGACGAAGCGCAUCCGGAAGCGCGAGCUGCACCUCGCGAUGGACAUGCGUGCGGAGGCGCGCCACGCGCGCAAGUUUGAAAAACAGCGGAGCAAGGAGAUCGGCGCGCUGAUGGACCUCAAGAUGGAGCGCGGUAUCGCCCCGGGGCCGGGCGCCAUGCGCAGCAUGGGCCAGCUCGUCGCUAAUAUGGUGCUCCGGCGACGCGACACAUUCCGCCCGCUUGCGAACCGCAACACAGGCGCACUGGUGCAGCCGCACACCCGCUCGCCGCUGGUGCAUUGCUUCUACUCCGAGGACUUGCUCGCAGGCUGGGCGGACUUGGACGACGAUGCAGAUGCAGAUGCAGAUGCGGGUAUCGACGCAGAUGUCAACGUCGACGUGGACGCGGGCCCUUUUUGGGGCGCGUACGCGGAUAUGGACGUUGACCUCGACGUGGAUGCGGACAUGAAUUUCAGCGCCGAGAUGUGGGUGGACACGAAUGGCGAUGUGGACGAAGACAUGGGACAGUGA